AUGCCAAAAUAAAAAAAAAGUGCCAAAAUACCAGAAAAACAAGAUUUAAAAGAAACUUAAAUAAAAUAUAUUAAGUCUUAAAAAGUAGAAGAAAUUGAGAAAAAAUGUUUUGAAUAUAAAAAAAUCUAAGAAUAAAUAUAAGAUUUAGGUUUUCCUGUAAAUCCUGCUUCUGAUUAAUUUAUAAGUGAAAUAAAAGAAAAGAAGGAUUAAGUCUUAUUAGGGAAAUAUUUAGCUUCUCAUUUUUGGGGAAAAUAAUCUGAUCUACUGACUAAAAUUAAUGAGAAAUUAGUAGAACAUGGUUUUUAAGUAACAGAUGACCUAUAAUGUGAAUAAAUCAUUACUAUUAAAAUCAAUGAAGAGAAUCUUGGAAAAAAAUAUGAUUAUGAAAAAUUGUUUUAACUUAAAGACACAGCUUGUCCAUCAUAAUUAUUAAAAAUAUAUCAUUAUAGUAGUGAAAUAAUAACUAAGUUAGUUGAACCUAUUGAUAGCCCUGAACUAUAAUAAUUAUAGACAAUCAGAAAGCAUAUCUAAGACUUAUUAAAUAAAUUAGACAAAAUUAGAAUCUUUUCAAAUAAAUUAUCUAAUAUUAAAUCUUAAACUGCCGAAGAUAAAUUAUUGAAAUAAUUUGAAAACUUAGAAAAUGAUUAUUACCUUGUUAAAAAUACUUAAUUCAAUUUUGAUGAGAAAUAAAUAUCAAUGAAGAAGACAAAAUCUUCUAAAAGAAAAGUAAAUCCUAAUGAAGGUGAGAAUGAUUAAGAGUGUUAAUUAGAAGAAGUUUAAAAUUAGGAACAAAUAAAUAAACAAUAGGAUGAGCCUGAAUUAAACAAAGAUUAAGAAAGAAAAUAAUCAGAUAUCAAUUAAGAAUAAAAGUAAUCCAAAAAAAGAUAACAAAAGAAUAAGAAACAAUCUGAUGAGAAUUAAAAUGAAGAAAAAAAUUUAGAAAAAGAAUAAAUUAAAAAAGAAAAAAAAACCAGUAAAUAACAAAUUAAAAAAGAAAAAAUCACUUAAAAUCAAGUUAAGGAUACUUAAAAUACAUCUGUGUAACCUUCUGAAAAGAAAAAGGGAUGUUAAAAAAAUUAUAAUAAAAAGCAAUCAAUAGAAGAAGAUCCUAAAUAAAAAAAAUUAGAACAAUAUUUUUCAAAAAAAAAUUAGUGA